UCUUCGAGUAAAUAAAGCUUCACCACCCAUAUUCGUUUUUGAGCUCCCACCUCACCAUCCAGCGCCGAUUUGGCACAGCACGUCUUCGCCAGGAUACGGCAGUUAAUUACCGCUUACUAUAUUGUACUCAAAUAAUGCAAUGACUGUUUGUCUAAGAUAAUCCACAUCCUGCGCUCCUCAAAAUGGCUGCUCCACCUAGGCCGUAUAGGCGAAUCUUGACCUCUGCAUUGCACCGCAGAUUCGUCCAUGCAUCGGCUCUCACGUUGUUGAUGGACUAUAUUGUUUCUUUUGUUAUUGGAACGAAAACAUCAUUUCUCUGGUCAUGGUUUCCUCUCGGAACAUGUGGUCUGCGCGCUCUUCUUUUAUUCAUCUCAACACUGGCCGUCUUCUUUAUUCGAGUUACGCAAAUGCAUGUCGGUCCUCGAACGACGGCUUCUCCUUUGGCUGCUUUGCGCGCUAUAUUUCCGCUACAAAUCGUACAAACUCUGGGAUGGUAUCUAUUCUCUGCCUGGUGGUUUAGUGAGGUAUAUCUUUGGUCAGCUCCCGAAGAGGCUGAUUUGGGAUGGGUAAAGAUCGGCCGACUUAACAGUCGACCAACAUUGAACGAAAGGUCCAUUUACUUACAUACAUAUCACAUGAUGCUGGCAGUCGCCCAAACUGCUAUUCAUCUGUACUGCGACUAUGAUCGUCUUCCCAUACCGGUUGUCAAGCGUACUUCCCAGGACGAGCGUACACAUCCCGUGGAACCAGUGUUCAAGAGGUUACAAUACGGAGUUGUUGCAAGUGUGAUUGAUGCCCUAAGAAAUGGAUUUAUCAUAACCUUGGCGAGUCCGUUUAUCUACGUCAUUUUUCUGCGACGAUCGGCAUGGAACUUUUCUCUCUAUUUCGCAAAACUGUUCUGGAACUUUUCGCGGAAUGCGGCAGAGCCACAGGGGGCUGUUCCUCCGGCUUUCCACUCGCUCUUCUUCCGUCAGAUUAUAUCAGGAGGAUGUCUUGUCUUCUUAUGGCAGACUGCGAAUUUGUUUUUCACGGUGUUCCUUACGCAAGAGCCAUUGAAGCGAGGACAGCCACUUACCAACUACUCCAAGGAUCCUACGGGAAGUUUGAUCAAUGGUCUUAAAGCGAAGAAAGAUAUUGUGAAGAACUUUGCUUUCUGGGAAUUAUGCUUCAUAAGUCAGCGCUUUCCUGAUCGCCGUAAGGCCAUUUUCGAGGACCUUGAGCGUUCUGACGGAGGAGCCUGGAAACAAGUACUUCAAGCUUCGGUUAAUACUAUUGAUGCUAUCAAUAAUCGUAUCAACAAAUUCAAAUCACCGCCCACGAAAACAAACACUAAAAGUACUGACGUCGCAUAUCCUCAAAUCCAAUCAUUGCCUCAAUUGACUGAAGGCCCUAAACAAGACAAUAUUUUCGCGCCAUCGCCAAAGGGCACUGGGUUUGGACAAUCUGUUGGGGCCACGGCAAAGUCCUUUGGACAGUCAAAAGAUUGGACACCAAUUGCAAGAGCCAAGGCCAAGGAAGCAUUUACUCAUGCAUCAGACGCCUUACUGAGCCCAGAGCGCAAGAAGAAACUCUUGGGUGCGUCAAAUGAAGUCAAAUUACUUACUGGGCCAGCCGGAACAUCCCAAUCAUUCAACUUCGCUUCGAUUCCAUUCGUCUCACAAUUCCUACGAUCACCGAUAGGAAAACCCUUCAGACAAACAUUCGCCCAACGUCUGCGUGGUAUUGUCUUUGGCGAACCUCACGGUCAAGUCGCCUGUAUUAUCGACGCCAUUGAAGCCACCACCCGACUCCUCAUCGCUAGUUUAGCAGAAGACAGUUUCGGUCAAGUCUUCAAAGAUUUACCAACCAUAAUCCGCCUCUACACCUCAACCAUCAUCACACUAGAAGAUUUCGUCCACGAAGAUACUGGACUAAACAUUCACUGGUCCGAUGUCACAUUUCCAUCCGCUAAUAGCAGUCCUGAAGUACGCAGGAACGCCAGAACCGUCCCGGAAGUUGAUAUUGUGUUGCAUAUGCUGAGAACAUCUCUCUCCGAGCUUCUCGCUUCCUUUGAGAAAUACAGUCGUGACGUGGGCUUGCAAGCGAAGGACAUCAGACUUGCAAAAGUAGCAGUAGGGUUGAUUGAUGACCAUAACGAUAAUGAUGAUCCUUUCACCUCUUAGGCGAAAUUUGUUGUUUUGGGGUGUUUAAAAGUUUGGUCAUGCAUUGUACUCUAUUUAUAUUCAUAGAAUCGGCAGCAGGGAAUUUACGUCAUUCGUAUUG